UACACCAUUCCCUACCCUCUCUCGUCUCGAACCCAACAGCACAGCCGCACCACCAAAACUGAGGCAGCCCUUUGGGCUGCUCUCUUUCCCUUCCUUCACCAAUUUCUCUUCCUCACCAAGAUCAACACAACCUCACCAAGAUUUCUUCUUCUCAUCUUUUCUUCUCCUCACCAAAAUCCUCCUCACCAAGACACCAAGAUUCAUUCUUCUCAAGAUUUUUUUUCUCCUCACUAAGAUUCACCUCACCAAAAUUCCAUAUUCUCAUCAAUUUCACAAAAUUCAAGGGGAAGCACUUUAAGCAUAAGGGGUUUAAUCACCACUUGGGUAAAAGGGAGAAAUUAUAAUUCCAAGGCUUGUUAUUUUUGCUUUCUAGCAUUUGUAACUUGUCUUGGUUGUUUUCCCUCUUCUAUACUUUUCCCUAUUUUAUUUGUAUGAAAUUGAUGGAAUUGAUGGAAUUGAUGAUAUAUAUAUUUAUGGGUAGUGAGUAGAAAUUUUGUUGGGGGUUAGGGUUGUGUGCCCUAGCCCAAAUUUGAUGUAAUGGAUGCUUAAUUUAAUUUAUAUGUGGAAUUUGUUAAUCAUUUGAUGCUUGUGUUUUGUGAUAAUUGGUUAGAAUGCAUGUUUAGGAAUUGUCAAUUCUUGGGUAUGUGUUUUAAUAUUUCUAGAUUAAAAUUUAGGGGAUGACAUCCUUAGAUUUUAGAGCUAGAACCCCGAUUUAAUAAUCGUGGGAAAUACAAGCAUGGUUCACUACAUGAUUAGCUUGAUCGCGGUUAUGGUGAGCUUAGUUGCCUCAUUCCUCGAACUCUAGGCCUCUUGAUGUGAAUUAGUGACCCUUGAACCGGCUCUAAUUCAUGUCAAGUGAGUUCCUACGGCCCUUGAACCGGAGUAGGAAUACCAUGAAAGGGAAUUUCGGCCCGUGAGCCUUGAAAAGCCUUGGGUACGGCUUCUACCAUCUUUAAUAAAUUACACGUAAAUCAAAUUAGCAUCUAGAGCAUUGAAUUAGGGUUAGGAUUCAUCCCUAGCUACCAACCCCCAAUUUAUCUCAAUUUCUUACUUUGCAUUACCUUAUCGAAUUUAGUUGUUAUUUGAGUUUUCAUUUAAAUUGUUGCAAUCUAGUUUCUAGAAAUUCAAAUUACUAUUUUUGGUGACAAUUUCUAUCCCAUUGUAAAUAGUCAUCACUAGGUCUUAGUUUUGAUUAGGUUUUGGUGCAAACCAAAGCCGAGCAUUACUAAGGCUUGGUGCCUUAGAGUAGCAUUUUUAUUUAUUUUCUUUUUCUUUUUCUUUUGUUUGCUAAGUGUCUUUAUUUCCGAUUACCCAAGGAUUGUGGGUUAGCCACUAAUCCCCGUGGUACGAUAACUUUGGGCAUAAUACUUCCCUAUCUUGACAGUGAUACGUACGCUUGCGUAAAUGUGCAUCAAGUCAAUGGCGCCGUUGCCGGGGAAUAGGGUUUAAUAGCCUUAAUCCCUUGGUAAAUCGGUUCUAGGUACUUAUUUUAUUAUCACUUUGAGAUAUGGAUCGAUGGAGCUAUGGAUGUGAUGAUCGUAGGGGAUAUGAGCAACAAAGUUAUAAUGGUGAAGGUUAUCAAGAAUGGAAUCCCUAUGCCAAGAGUCCUAGGCCUUGUUACAGUCAAGCUUGUGCCUUGUGUAAUUCUCCAUGGCAUUCACCUUUUGAUUGCUCAUUGAGAUUUGAGUACCCGGAUUUUAUGCGAGAGUAUGAGUACAAGUUGGGCAUGUAUCAAGAGACAUUUGUACCCGAGGGUCGAGGCAUAUCCACAAGAGCAAGCUUUUGUGCCUAGGAAGCCAUCACUUGAAGAACAACUAGCUCAAUUGGAAGCCUCUAAUGCUCAAUUGCAAGCCUCUCAAGCUCAAUGUCUAGCCUCCCAAGCUCGAUUGCAUGCUAAAUUGGAAGCCUUCAAUGCUCAAUUGCAAGCUUCUCAAGAAACUACUUCACAUUCCAAUGAGCAACUUGAACCUAGUCUUGCACAAGAGCCACCAUUCACCAUUUGUCAUGAGCAAGAUUCUUUCUUUGAUCAAGUGGAGCCCAAUUCAAGAGAAGGAGUGCAUUAUGAGCAUCAUGAGCAAGAAUUGCCUAUUCAAGAUCGAGAGGGUGGUGUUCAUGUACAAGAAAGUGAGCUUGGUUAUGAAAGUUCCAAUGCAAGUAAGGUGAGAGACUACAUUUCAGAGGAAUCGGUGCAAUAUUGGAACUCUAAUUUUCACAAUGAAGAGGAGGUAUAUGAAGUUGAUUCCGAAGAAGAGAAUAGCUUGUUUAGUGAGGAGGAUGUGGAGCUUGAAGACUUACACCAUAUUCCCUUAAUUGUUGAGGCCGAUGUUCCCAAGGAGGAAGAGAGUCCUUCAAUACCUUGUGAUGAUGAAGAAAUUGAAGAGCCUAGGACUUUCUCUCCUCCCACAUCCACGGAGAUCCAUCAUGAGCUUCCCAAGGUGGAGAGUAGAACGUUGAACACUUAUGUACUUAAUGAAAAGAUUGAGCUUAAGGUACUUUUACCUCUCAAUCCACCGUUUAGUGAUCAAUGUUUCUACAAUGAGGUGAUGGAUUGGAAAGGAAAACUUGCACUCAACAUUUCCCAUCAUUCUCAAGAGUUUCUACCACCUAUUGUUCCUAAGAGCAUUAUUUCUACAUCACUUGAGAAGGAGAAUGCAAGGUUGGCUUCUAGAAGAAAAAUAGAGAAGAAGAGGAAGAUUAAGAAGCUACACUUUUGGUCACCCAUUGGAAUCUUCAUGGAUAGCUCUUGGUCUUGCCUGUAUGACAUGUCAAGGAGUCCCUUAGCCCCUAACAAUAGGGUGGUCUUACUUGAGAAGUAUCCACCUUGACAAGAUCAUGUUCUAUGGACCGGCAAUGAAGUCCUUAAACAAAGCGCUCACUAGGGAGGCAACCCUAGCACAUCAUCGGUAGUAUUUCUUCCUUUAGUAGUUUACUUUUAUGGUGAAUAAAGCUUUUUGGUCAUUUUUGGGAGGAUGGGAGGUGCCCGGAAUUGGAAAUGUGAAGGAGAACAAAUUUGGCAGUGAGCAGUUUCUGUCCAGAAAUUUCAGUUGAAUUUGGGUGACUAUAUCUUCCAUUUUACAUGCUAUUUUUGGCUGAAAUUUUCUGGGGAUAUUCUACUGUGUGUCUGCUAUCUUGUAUCAAAAUUUGAGCCAUUCUGAGUCUCUGGAACUUCAGUUCUUUGGUGGUCAAUUUGUGAAGGUCAAAACAGAGACAGCUACUGUAGAGUGACUUUGGGAAGCUACACCUUCUACAUCCCAAGCAAUUUGGAGCUAAAAUUUUUCAGAGAUGUGUCUUCACAUGUUCUCUAUAUACAGAAGAAAUAGUUUUUUAUUUUAACCUUCCUAGCUUCAGAUAUAGUGUUCCAAGUGACAGAGGUCAGAAACAGGGCACAGCAGAAACUGCAGAACACAACAGUGAGUUUGGAGGCCAACGAUUUUUGACUCAGAAUUGAUUUUCCAAUGAAAUUUUAAUAGAAGGUGUCUCGAUGAGUCUACUUUCAUUUUCAGUUAGUCUCACUCUCUUUGCACCUCUAGAGCCCAACUUAUUGCAGUUUUGGUGACUGAGGAUCAGCAGCAGAUUUCAUUACAAGCUGACAACUUUGACCAUCUUUAUUUUUCAUCUCAGUUGGAUAUAGGUGGCUCACUUUAUAUGGAUAGAAAGUUCUCCAAGUCUACUUUCUAUUCCAUGAAGUCUCACUUAUUUAUCUAUUUCUGAGUUUGAGAUAUGGGUAUUUGAAGACAGAAUGGUCAUUGCUGGAAUUUCGCUGCACUCACUAGUUUUUGUUCACUUAGGUGGUUGGACUUCUUGCACUUCAAUUCUUCAAUGGAGGCCAUUAUAGGGCAGUUUUGGGUGUAUUGGAGGUGGCAAAGCCUAUGAUCUUAAUGGAGGACCUUUGUUCUUAUUCUUUGAUGGGAUAUUUGUGACGCAUUGCUCUUUGGACAUUAUAUUUUUCUCAAUGGAGUUGAUCUUUACAUGAGCAUCUUGAGCUAUUAUGGAGUAUACGUAAAGGAAGUCAAGGCCUUGUGCCUUGAGGUUGGUGUCUCAUUUUGGUCUUCUUCGAAGGUCGUGAGCAAUGGAGGGUCGACAAAGGAGAAAAUAAGCGGAAUUGCGGAAACGAGAGAAAAUUAUGCGAAAUUGGAGCAAAUUGGAGUUUUUGACAAAAAGACGAAAUAGUCAAUGCGGGUCAACCGUGGUCAAUGCCAUCAAGAGAGCGGAAUCCGGUUGCCUCUAAUUGCAUGUGCGAGAAUGCAUGAAGAGAUGAGGAGAAAAGAAGCGAGAAAAAAAAAAAAAAAAUUAGCAUGAAGAAGAAAAAGGAGAAAAGAAGAAAAAAAAAUUUUAAUUAAAAUAAAUUUGAAUCUUGCUGACGUCAUGAUGACGUCAGCAUGGCUGAUUUCUUUUCCUCCCCCGUGCAGUACAUUCCUUCCUUUAUUUUCCUCUCUUCCUAUCUUGGGCUGCCACGUGUCCCCAUCCUUUCUUUCUCCUCUUCAGCACAGCCACACAUUUCUCUUCACAAUAUACAUAGACCACGACCUAAUUAUAUUCUAAAUAUACUAAAGCGCCUACGCCCUUAUGAACAGUGAUUCCCGUAUGAACAGUGUUGUGACGGCUUUGCCCCUGCCUGUUUAGAGUUUUUUCUCGAUUGCCCCCCAGUGUUGCGCUGUAUCUUUCUGGCCAUCUGUCCUGUUUUUCCGUUGCCACGAAGAGAGACAGGGUGAGAUCGGUGGCCUAAAACAGAGAGGUAGAGUACCGUUUUCAGCCCGAGUUUUCUGUUGUGUUCGGGAAGCAUCUAUUUGAGUGUAGUCAUCAACACAGCUAUCAGAUAGACCGAGAAGAUCGAGCUCAGGGAUCAAUCGUAGAUUGCUGGGGUAGGAACAAGAGGAGGAGAUUUGCAGGAUUUUGGUGAUUUUUCGGAGGAGGGUUUGGGUUUGUUUUGGUGAUCGAGUUUGGGAAAAGGUUUUCAACACAAGAACAGUAGAAGGACUGUGGUGUUCUGAUUUCUGGUUUUGGUGGGUUUCGCGACAGUGAGGAUCGCAGGUCAAUACUAUCAGGAUAAUUUCUCUUUGAAAACUAAAGACUGUUCCAGUAGUUACUGAAAGUCCAGCUGAUCAACUAUUUAAGUUAGGACGAAAGAGGCGAAUGCGAAAAAGUCUUGGGACUAAUUUUCUGCUGUUGUUCCUUUGUUUUCUGCUCGAUGUUAUCUGUGUUUUGUAUUGUCAUUCAGAUUCUUUGUUACUGUUGUUUGAUUUUGCAGAUUUUGCGAACAGUUUGCAGUUAGAUUCUUUGACUGUUUUGGAUUCAGGUUUCAAUGAGAAUUUCAAAUAGGAUUGGGACUUGCAAAAGCCUCACGGCUUUUCUGAUCGCUGCUGACCUUCAGUCAGUCAAUCGAAGAGAUAAGUUUUGCAGCAGAAUCUCAGCCAAAACAGGGAAUGCCCUGAGGAAUGUAAGGAAGCUAUUGCACCACUAAUGCAUGCUGCAGCUAGAUUUUCUGGUUUACCAGAGUACAUUGUCUGACAUUAGGCAACUAUUUCAAGCGAGAGAUGCGAACUGUCUGACUCAUUGUGUAGAUCAAAAAUUUUUCAUGUGCUCUACUGCAUCACAACGUUGGCUUUGGGAAGGCACAAGCAGAAAGGUUUAGGUACGCAACGAAUACUUCUGGAGCCAGUCAUCAGUUUUCGUUUGGAUUGUACGUAAAGCACAACUUUGAAGUUGAGCUUUAUCCUAUUGUUAAUAGGAAUUUCCACUUGCAAUUGUUGAAUUUUACAAAGAAUUAGUGUAAUAAACAGCAAUUAUCGUUUAUUUAUUAUGCAAUCACUAUUGUUUCAUCAAUAACACAUGUAUAUAACAAAAAGGCCCAUACCCGCGGCAAAGCGCGGGCUGUCUACCUAGUAUUAUCUAAAGCCCGUGGACUGUUCAUUCGGGUGCUACUGUUCAUUCGAGCCCCAAUUGAAUGACGCUUUUGCCCUUCAUUUCUUCUUUUAUUACGGGUUGCCAUGCUUCUAUACGUUUCCAGACGUCUCCAUAUGAGGCAACCGACCUCCUCAUGUUUUUUCCAGAAGUCUCCAUCUUGAGGCAAUAUAGAGAACGAUCUCUAUCAAAAUCGAAAUUUUCAGUUCUAUCCAUAGAAACCGACAUCAGUCCUUGCACUGUUUGACAUCCUUCAUCAACGGCAAUCUCCAUAGUGACUGGUUGUGUUAGUAUUGCAAUCAGAAGCCUCUAUCGACAUCGAUCUAGAAGUCUCUACCUACACCGACAGAAUCCUCUACCCAUACCGUCUCUCCAGCCGCUUCUCUGUUCGUCCUUCUUGCUCUCGGACUCGCCACCAUUACAACCGACCUCGGCGGGGGAAUUGAAAUCAAGAACAAGAUGGCAGCUGAGAAUGCCAAGAGAGGGAUAGACUAUAAAGAGGUUCUCGGAACAAUCCACAGGUGACCGGGUUGAACAAGGAGAAUCUAAAUGUAUUCGUGUCAAAUCAAAGAGAUUGAAAACAAAAAUUGCUGGAGGAUCUAAUGAAUGUCAUAAUGAAAUGCAAUCAGGAGAUGGUAAUCAAAAUGUCACUCAAGGUGUUCCCAGUGUGUUGCGCCGGGUGGUUCCGAUACUUCUAUGUGUUUACUCCAGAGAAGGAGAACCUGCUUCUUUGAUCCGCACAAAAAGAAGAGUGAGAGGGGUAGAGAGAAAGAGUGAUAGAACAAUUGUACCCACCAAGAGGAAGAAAGAAGAAGAAUGAACUGUGUUCAAGGAGAUUCAAAGUUGUAUGAUCGAGCUCACCGCUAAACUGAAGCAGGUUUUCUUUUACCCACUUUUCAGAGUCCAAUGGCUGCUAACAACGUUCUAAUGGGUUUGGAUAAGGAACAGCUAGCUUCUACAAUUAUUUGGGUUAAUCCUUUCUUCUCAAUCUACUGUGGAAUGAGGGGUUGAUAAGAAAUCAAGCAGUGUUGCUUCGGAGCCAAACUCAAAGAGUUUUGAGUGUGUGACCAAGGGCUUCAAAUGACCGUUCUGAUGAUGAAGGAGGGACUGACAAGAGGAAUGGUGUUAAGGCAAGGAACAAGUACCGUCCCCCGAUGUUGCUGAAGGACAUCAAUUUAAAAAUGCUUCUUUGCUGGCAGACUUGGCUGGUGCAAGGGUUAUUACUGUUAGAUGAUCUUGAUUCGACAACCCUUGGAAAUGCAAUUGAAGAGAUGUUAGGGGAUGAGAGUAAAAUGGAAGAUAUGUUCUAGAGGGGCUCUGAGAGCUGCAAACUCCAAUACCUCUGUACAGAUUGCACAACACGUCAUUUCUCUAACCCGCUUAUAAUGAGGAAAGAAGUAGACUUAAAGUUGGUUUAUACGCUAUGUAAGUCAUAGAUCCAGCUUCCAUCUUUUUGGAGCCUGAGGACUAUCGCGAGUGGGUAGAGUGAAGGUACCUCCAAGUGGAAGGACACUGCAAUCAGAGACCAAGCUUCAGUGCUAUGAACCUGUAACGAUAAAAUACUUGGGAUAUUAUCCUGCAUUGACACCUGAUGUGGUUGGUUUUUUCUUUUUUUUGUGUACAUUUGGCUUGGGGUUGUGGAUUGGUGUAGUGAACAUGUAGUAAGCUGUUAUGGAGUCAUUGCUAACUUCUAAAUGGAUGGGUUCAUUUGAUAAUGAUGUUAAGGUCAAGGAGGGGGUAGCACGAGAAAGCAAGGCACAGAAAACAUGGGCAAAGAGUAGCUUCAAGCAAAGAAACCUGUUUCUUCGGAUUAUUCUCAAGUAUAUAAUAGAACACCAAGACCUUAUAUGUGAGAGUUCAAUUAGAAAUAAAUCAAUUAAUAAUUGUUAUACGA